CAAAGAGACUGGGUAUUAAUAUUGAAUUAAUUCGAUUUUUUUUCUAUCCUAUCGUGACCCGGAAGUAAACAUAACGAGGCCGCGCUAGCAGGUUAGCAGCGUUAGCUUCUGUUGCGACGACGGCGGUGUUUUGUUCUGACGUUUGCGAGGAUGUAGCGAUACGUGGUUCGAUUCCAUACAAUCGUCUCUAGCUAAAGUGUCGUAAAUGAGUGAAUUCGUGUUGAACGUAAAGACAACGUGGCUGUGAUUGUGAGACUAGCAGAUGAUCGGAGCUGCUGCUGUUCAGAGGACUUUGGUGUUUGUUGGAGCUGAAGAUCUUUUGCAUUGCAGAAACCAUGUCUUCAUUUGCUCAGAAAGAGUCUGUCAGAGAACAACUUUCUGCUACUGAAGAAACCUUCAGACUCUGUGAAGGAACCAUCGUCCAGAAUGAGAAUGAGGAGCUCUGUGGUCAGCGCAGACUGCUGGAUAUCACCUGGAACCCGCAGCUUCAGCUCAACCUUCUAGUCGUCCCCCAAGAUUAUGUAGGUGAAGAGGAGAAUCUUUACAACCAGCAGAGGAAUUUAGGAGUGGAGCAGGAGGAACCAGAACCUCUACACAUUAAAGAAGAACAGGAGGAAUCAGAACCUCCAAAAAUUAAAGAGGAACAGGAGGAGGAACCAGAACCUCCACUAAUUAAAGAGGAACAGGAGGAGGAAACAGAACCUCCACUAAUUAAAGAGGAACAGGAGGAGGAAACAGAGCCUCUAAUGACAAAAGAAGAACAAGAGGAGUUCUGCAUCAGUCAGGAUGAAGCUCGUCUUCCUCUGAAGCAAGAAGCUGAAACCUUGAUGGAAAUUUCCAUUUGUGAGGAAAAUAAGAAAAGUAACGCAGAUCUAAACAAACAGAAGAGCUUCAGUCUAACUGAUACUCAGGAUGAAGAAGGAAACCAACAAGAAGAAUCAUCAUCAACUACAGAUGAAGAGUCAGACCCACAGAACAGAGAUCAGAGGAAGAGAAGAGACAGAAGUCAUGUCCAAAGUGUGGACAGCUCUCACAUGUCUGAAAGUCAGUGUGAUUCUGAUGUUAGAAAAAAGUUCAAGAAUGAAACUUUGGUUAAGAAACACAAGCAAUCUCCUAAAGAAAAGAAACUUUCCUCUGUAAAAUUUGGUAAAGGAACAAAAAUUGCACACAUUUCAGUACACAUGGUAACAAAAUCUGACAAAAGAUCUUAUGCCUGCAAUGAAUGUGGUAAACGUUUUAGUAAUAAGUCUAAGUUCAGAAUUCACUUGAGAAUCCAUACAGGAGAAAAGCGUUUUUCUUGUAACGUAUGUGAUACAAGUUUUACUUCUAAAGGAAAUCUCAAAACACACAUGAGAACUCAUACAGGAGAAAAGCCUUUUUCUUGUAAAGAAUGUGAUAAAAGUUUUAGUCAAAUAUCUACUCUCAAAACACACAUGAGAACUCACACAGGAGAGAAGCCUUUUCUGUGCAAAGAAUGUGAUGCAAGUUUUAGUGAUGUAUCUAGUCUCAAAAGACACAUGACAAUUCAUACUGGAGAGAAGCCUUUUUUGUGUGACGUAUGUGAUAAAUCUUUCAGUCGUGCAUGUUAUCUCAAAAGACACAUUAAAACGCACACAGGAGAAAAGCCUUUUUCUUGUAAAGAAUGUGCAAAAGAUUUUAGUACUUUGUCUGAUCUCAAAAGACACAUGAUAACUCAUACAGGAGAGAAGCCUUUUGUGUGUGUAGAAUGUGAUACAAGUUUUAGUCGAAUAUCUAAUCUCAAAUCACACAUAAGGACUCACAGGGGAGAGAAGCCUUUUUCUUGUAAAGUAUGUGCAAAAAGUUUUAGUCGAGUAUCUCAUCUCAACACACACAUGAGAACUCAUACAGGAGAGAAGCCUUUUUUGUGUAAAGAAUGUAAUACAAGUUUUAGUGAUGUAUCUAGUCUCAAAAGACACAUGAGAACUCAUACAGGAGAGAAGCCUUUUUUGUGUGAAGUUUGUGAUAAAGGUUUCAGUAGUGCAUCUCAUCUCAAAGAACACAUGGUAGCUCACACAGGCGAAAAGCCUUUUUCUUGUAAAGAUUGUGAAAAAGGUUUUAGUAAUGUGUCAGAUCUGAAAAAACACAUGGUAACUCACACAGGAGAGAAGCCUUUUUGGUGUAAAGAAUGUGAUAAACGUUUUAAUCAAAAAUCUAAUCUCAACACACAUAUGAGAACUCAUACAGGAGAAAGGCCUUUUUGUUGUCAAGAAUGUGAAACAAGUUUUAGUCUUUUAUCUACUCUCAAAAGACACAUGAGAACUCAUACAGGAGAGAAGCCUUUUAAGUGUAAAGAA